CGCGGCUGUCAAUCCGGUGAUUACCCACUGGCACUUGGUAAUUACUGAGCAGCUCCAAUGGGGGGAGACUGUUUUGUUUACUAACAGUUCUCAUCCCUGUCAGCUCGGGCACACUGCUCUGGAUGGCUAGCAGUGUGCUUACAGUGAAGCACCAACACACAGCCCUCUAGUAAAACACUCCCUGCACACAGUUAACCCUUUUAUCGCCCCUCAUGUUAACCCCCUCCUGCCCAGUGCCAUUAGUACAGUGUCAGUGCUUUUAUUUAGCACUUAUCACUGUAUUGGUGUCACUGUGGAUGUCAGUGACAUCAAAUCAGUUCCCCCCCAGCGUCAGAAUGCCCGCCGCAGUCCCGCUUUAAGUCGCUG